CCAAUUCAAAGUAAAAGAAGGGUAAGGAAUUUCGUGAAAGCUUACCAUCACUUUCUGGGAGGGAUGCAAACUAGAUCGUGUGCCGCCAAAUGCUUCGCAAAUUCUCUUUGAAUUAUCACCACACACUUUGGAAGACUGCUUCCUGCAUGACUCAUGACCCGGAAGGGGAGUUUUCUGCUUUGAAUUCUACUCAUCUUCGAACGUUUUUGUAUUGAUCUGAGAUUGCAUUGCCAAAUUGGUAAUCUGUGUUUGAUUCAUGUUAAUCGCAAUACUUUAAUGGCGAAGGAAAACAGAGUUAGUGAAGAAAUGUUUAAGAACAAGAAUUUAAAGUCGUUUCGAGGAAAAAAAUGUUGGGUUUAGGGUUUUAAUCUAUUUGCUUCCAUAUAUUCUCAUUGUUCCAUGUUUAUGGAUUGUACAAAUAGGAAACGGCUGGCUCUGAUUUGUGUUUGUGUUCUUGAAGAAUUAGAAAUUAAAAGGGUCUGAAUAUUUGUAAUGAUAGUCCCAAACUUUAUGAAAUUAUUGAACUCUUCCAUGGUGGUUGGAAUUGGAAUUAAUGAAACUUGGUUGUCAGGAUUUAUUGCAUGUUCUUGUGGACAGAGUCAAUGCUUGAAGUCUUGGAAUUUUGUGGACAAUUGGAUUCUUAGAGUGAAAAAAGAGAAGUUUAAAGAGAUGGUAGGGGUUUAUUGCUACACUGUAUAUAUUGGGAGGGAGAGAGCGAAGCCUUUGGCUUAUGCCUAUCAUUCUCAUAAGAAAUGGGAAAGCUUCACUUUCUGUUUUCUUUCUUGUUGUUGUUUGCUGCCAUGGUUUCUGGAAGGCAUGAAACUCAAAGAACUGCGGGCUCAACAAUGGUUGAUGGUAAACAGGGCAGGAUAGGAGCCAUUGUAGAUAUGAGUUCUAGGAUUGGUAAGGAAGAGAUUUUAGCUAUGCAGAUGGCUAUAGAGGAUUUUAACUCCUUGAGCAAUCGAAAUUUCAGUCUCGUCGUUAGAGAUUCCAGAAGUGAUCCCAAUCUAGCAGCUCUAGCUGCUAAAGAUCUCAUCAGUAUGCAACGAGUUCAGGUUCUUAUAGGGCCCCAAACCUGGGAAGUGGCAUCCGUAGUUUCGGAGGUUGGAAAUGAGGAGCAGAUUCCGGUAUUAGCGUUAGCUAACGAAAUACCGAAGUGGGCAAACGAGAAGUUCAAAUUCUUGGUCCAAGCUUCUCCCUCUCAGUUAAAUCAAAUGAGAGCUAUAGCUGGUAUUAUCGGUUCAUGGGAUUGGCGCCUAGUCAAUGUUAUAUAUGAAGAUAGAGAUUUCUCAACCACUGAAAUAUUUCCUCAUCUUGUACAUGCCCUCAAAGACGUAGGAGCUGAAGUAAGUGAAUUUGUUGGUCUCUCACAAUUUGAUUCUGAUUUAUUCACCAAAGAAUUGGAGAGGCUAAGAAGAGGGUCGAGCAGAAUUUUUGUAGUUCAUUUGCCAUUCAAGUUGGCACUGCGUUUAUUCGAGAUAGCAAAAGAGAUGAGAAUGAUGGGAAAGGACUAUGUAUGGAUCACCACCGAUACUUUCACAAGCCUUGCACAUUCUUUCAAUGUUUCUAUCAACUCUGUACUACAAGGAGUUGUUGGAGUCAAGAGCUACUUCCCAGAAAAAAAUCCUCGAUAUCGUGACUUUUAUCUUCGGUUUUGUCGAAGGUUUAGAUUAGAGCAUUUUGAUGAGGACAACAACGAGCCCGGUAUCUUUGCAGUACAGGCUUAUGAUGCUGCAACGACAGCAGCUAUGGCAAUGAGUGAAAUCCAAGAAAAGGGCAAUGAUCACUUGUUAGAAAAAAUAGAGCUCACUGACUUUCAAGGACUCGGUGGAAAGAUUCAGUUUAAGGACAGAAAAUUGGCCCCAGCUGAUACUUUUCAGAUUAUCAAUACCUUGGGAAGGAGUUAUAUGGAACUAGGCUUCUGGUCUGAUACAUUAGGAUUCUCGCAAGAGUUGAGGGAAAAUUCGUCUUCUAGCUCGUCGAUGAAGGAUCUUAGCCAAGUGUUUUGGCCAGGUGGAUCUUCUGAAACUCCAAAGGGAUGGGUCGUACCAACAGAUGCCAAUCCAUUGAGAAUUGGGGUGCCAACUGGUUCCAUGUUCAAACAGUAUGUACAAGUGGAAGAAGAUCAUAAGGCCUUCAAUGGACUUGCAGUUGAUCUGUUUAAAGAAACAUUAGUCAUCCUGCACGCCCCUCUGUCGUACCAGUUCUAUCAUUUCGAUGGCUCAUAUGAUGAUUUGGUGAAUGAAAUCUACUUAAAGAACUUUGACGCAGUUAUAGGUGAUAUAGCCAUAAUAUCACGACGCUAUGAACAUGCCGAGUUUACACAUCCUUACUCUGAAGCAGGACUGGUGAUGAUAGUUCCUACCACAAAUGACACAAGCAACAAAGCAUUGUUGUUCACAAAGCCCUUUACUGUGACCAUGUGGAUUCUAAUUGCUGUGGUAACCGUCUACAAUGGCUUUGUCGUGUGGUUCAUAGAACGAGGUCACUAUCCUGAACAUGAUGGUUCAAUGCUUGAUGAAGCUGGAGCCAUGUUUUUCUCAUCCUUCACCACUCUCUUCUCCUUGCACGGCAAUAGGCUGCACAGUAACUUAUCGCGGAUGGCUAUGGUGGCGUGGCUAUUCAUGGCACUUGUGGUAACUCAGACAUACACAGCUAAUCUUGCCAGCAUGCUCACUGUUCAAAAGUUCAAGGCGACUAUAUCGAAUAUUGAGACUCUCCAGAAAAUGAAUGCAUAUGUGGGAAACGGCAGAGGAACCUUUGUCAAAAGGUAUUUGGAAGAAGUUUUGGAAUUCCCUACCAAAAAUAUAAAAAACUACACUGCCCAAGACGAUUUAGCUGAGGCUCUCAGAAACCAGGAGAUAGCAGCUGCAUUUCUUGAAGUCCCUUAUGCAAAACUAUUCCUCGCAAGAUUUUGCAAUGAAUUCAUGAUUUCUGGACCAACCUACCAUGUUGGAGGAUUUGGAUUUGCGUUUCCGAGAGGCUUUCCGCUGUUACACGACGUUAACAAAGCACUGCUUAAGGUAUUUGAAAGUGGCAAGUAUAGAGAGUUGGAAGAAAGCAUGAUUGCUAGGGAGAAAUGUGAGGAUAGGGAAGCAAAAGUGAAAAGUUCAAGCCUCAGCCCCAAUAGCUUCUUUUUACUAUUUGUAUUAAGUGGAGGAGUAUCAACAUUAGCAUUGACAUUGUACACUAUCAGUGUUCAUAAAUCAUUUCUUCAACAGACCGUUCUUUGGAGAUUAAUGUUAGCUGUAAUCAAGAACUGGGGAAAUCACAGGAGGGAAUUUUCUCGACAACCAAACGACGUGCUGCUAACCGUCCCAAAGAUCUUCCCAAACGCUACAAACCUGCAAAUUCAGGUCCAGUAAACUGUAUAUGGUUCAGUUUUGUUUUAAGUAGAAUUAUGGGUAGAAGAUGACUAGGUAGCUUUAGUGGGAAAUAUGGAAAACCUUGUAGAUUAUUAACAAUUUUUCAUAGGUUGAUAUGUAAAAAUUUAUUCUUUGAUCCAAUGAACAGCUCACACAUCCCCUGGGGUUUAGUUUUUUUGAAUCACUUUAGUAUGAAUAUAGCUAUUUGGUCU